AUGCACGCCAUGGUGAGAGCCUUGCUUGCCGUUGCGGCACUAGCAGCAACUCCCUCUACCGCCGACAAGGCUCCCCGAGUCUUACCUGGCACCUAUUUUGUUGAGCUUAACAAAGGCGCUGAUGUGGCCGGCUUUGCACAAAGAGUCACGACAGAAGCCAAUGCUCGUAUUCGCCGACAGAUCGACUUCACGCCUGCCAAGGGAAAAGCAGCCGAACCGUACAAGGCUGUCUCGAUAGUGCUCGACGAGGCAGGCAAGAUCAACGAUGUGGCUUCCAUGGACGACGUUUUCAAGGUACAUCAAGUCGAGGUGCAUACCAUGGGCGGCAUUGCUCCGUCAAGCGACCGACCCAAGAGUGAAAAGCAGGAGUCUUUUGCUGGCAAGAUCAGUAAACGUCGGGCAAUGCGACGUGCUCUGCCCGAAACGAAUACCACGGCAUACCCUCCUCACGUCAUGAUGCAAGUUGACAAGCUCCGCAGCAAAGGAAUCACGGGCAAGGGCAUUAAGAUUGGCAUGAUCGAUACCGGUGUUGACUAUAACCACCCGGCACUCGGGGGUUGCUUUGGCCCCGGAUGCCUCUUUUCCUUUGGAGCAGACUUGGUCAAUAACGAUCCCACGCCGAUGGACUGCAACGGUCACGGAACCAAUGCCGCCGGCAUCAUUGGCACGCGACCAAACGCGAUGGGCUUUACCGGCGCGGCCCCUGGCGCCCAGUUGGGCAUGUACCGCAUAACCUGCAGCGGUGAAUUUCCCACCGACGUCAUGGUGGACGCAAUUUACCGCGCCCUCGCCGACGGCGUGGAUAUCAUCACGUCGUCGGCCGGGCUUCCGGGCGGGUGGCCGGAUAGUCUCUUGUCGUCGGCCGCCACGCGGGCUGUCGAGAGCGGCGUCGUCUUCGUCCAGGGCGCAGGCAACGACGGCACUCUCGGUCUCUUUUCGCACUUGGACCCGGCCGUCGGCAAUGGCGUUAUUAGUGUAGGAUCGGUGAAUAGCCGUGUCUAUCCCCAGCUCAUCAAUGAGGCCAAGUACACCAUCGGCAACGGAUCCGAAGUCCGCUUCCACUUUUUCCCGACAACUCCCUCGGAUAACUUCACCGGCACCCCGAUGGAGGUCUAUGCCCUGCCCGUGAAUGGAUCUAGUGCUGGCAACGGGACUCAUGCCUGUGGCCCGCUCCGUCCUGACACGCCGGACUUGAGCAACAAGCUAGUCCUGCUGAAUUUCCAUGGUGGCAGAGGGGACUGUAGCUUGAGGAAUAUGACCAAAGCGGUUCAUGCAAAGGGGGCAGCGCGUAUUCUUGCCUACGUUGCUAGUGAAGACUGGCUUCCUGAUUUGUAUUACGUGGAUAACUUGCCCGAGGGGGUUCUCGCCCUCGGAAUGCUAGGGUUUGAUACCGCGACGGAGAUGCUCAAGGCGCUCCAGUCUGGCCGCAAAGUCCUCGCCACAGCCUUCCCCUGGAAUGAUGCACCCCGAGUCUAUGUCGAGGAGCCAAAUGACGAGAUUGCAGGAUCUGUUUCUGAUUUCAGUUCCUGGGGCCCUUCGUGGAAUCUCGGUCUCAAGCCUUCCCUGACUGCGAUUGGCGGAGAAAUCAUCUCGACGGAUUUUAGAGAGAAGAAUCCUUCUGGCUACACGAUUACACGAGGAACUUCCUUCUCAGGUCCCCUGAUUGCUGCCCUCGUUGCACUGAUUGGCGAGGCUCGCGGCUCUCUGGAUCCAGCUACCGUCGAGAGCCUUCUCGUUUCGCACUCGAAUCCGCAGCUCUACCACGACGGAGAGAAUUUCUUGCCCUACCUUGCCCCUGUUGCCCAGCAGGGCGGCGGUCUGGCGCGUGCCUAUGACGCUGCCUAUGCCACAACUCUUGUCCAACCGGCGGGCCUCAACUUCAACGACACUGAACAUAUGGCGGCCUCACUCAACUUUACCCUCAAGAAUGUGGGCCAAGGUGCUAUCACGUACCGUCUUUCUCACGUUCCCGCCGUCACCGUGUAUACCUUUACGGAAAAUGGCACCGUUUCUUCGUAUCCCAAUAAGCUUGAGGCAGUUGAGACUCCAGCCGCGAUUACUCUCAGUGAGACAAGUGUCACCGUAGACCCUGGGAAUUCCGUCAACAUCCGUGUAUCAGCCUCGAUUCCUGAGGGCCUCGACGCCAGUCGAAUGCCCCUGUGGUCUGGCUGGAUUGCGAUCAACGGGUCUGACAGCACUUCACUCUCUGUUCCUUAUCAGGGGUUUUCCGGCUCAAUCCGCAAACACCAGGUCCUGCGACCCGACGGCGCCUCGCUCACCUAUCGAAAUGCCUCUGUCACUGAGGGUACCACUGUUGUCCUGCCAGCACCAGGCUCCAUCACGCCAUCUCAACUUGUGUUGAAUAUCAACGCAACAAUGGGAAUCCCUCUCAUGCGUGCUGAGGUAGUGCCCGCGAAUGGCACAGAUGCCACCGAUAUUACUACAUCGAUUGGUCAGGUUCAAGGAUUCCCCGUGCAGUGGCGCCCGAGGAACUUGCAGCAGGAUUCGAAUUCCCCAGACUUGCUUCAAUUCACCCAGUUCAAAUGGAAUGGGCAGCUCGACACAGGUAGCAAUGUGCCCGAGGGCUACUACAAGCUCGUUGUGCGGGCCCUGAGGAUUUUCGGCAACCCUAGCAAUGACGAGGACUGGGAUGUCAGUGAGUCGCCGCGGUUCCAGAUUACAUACUGCCAAAAAGGAAAUUCAUCUAGCAUGAUCCGUCGCCGAGCCGAAAGGGGACACAAUUAG